AUGCCAUAUUACACCCUCCGCAAAUCGCUGGUGGCAGCCACUGUGCUGCUGGCAGCUGGUCGAGCCACGGGCUACGAUGAGCUCGACAUUCUCGCCGGCCAACACGUUGUGUAUUCCUUCCCGUCGUCCAGCCAGCCCCCAGACGAACUGAUGCGGCUCACACGGGCCGGUCUCGUCGGCGGCGUCAUCCUGUUCGGCGUCAACGUCGACGCCAACACGUCGCAGGCCAUGUCGGCCCUCAAGCACGCAUACGACUCGUCGCCCGCGCCGGCACUCCUCAAGAAGAAGACGGGGAAAGACGCGCGCUUCCUUGUAACGACAGACCAAGAGGGCGGUCAGGUGCGCCGCAUCAAGGAAGGCGAGCCGAAGCUCAGCGCCAAGCAGAUCGGGGCUUCUGCCGACCCGGCCGCGGCGGGCGAGGCCGCCGGUGCUGGCGCCGCCGACAGCCUCCUGCGCUACCAGUGCAAUUCAAACCUGGCUCCCGUCCUCGACGUCUUCCGGCAGCCGGGCGACUUCACCGACUACUACGGGCGGUCGUUUGGGAACACGUCGCGACAGGUGGUGCGCGCGGCGGUGCCCUUCAUCACCGCCCAGCAGGGCCGGGGCGUGUCCGCGUGCGCCAAGCACUUCCCCGGCCUGGGGGCGGCCUCGCACGACGCCAACACGGACAACGAGCCCGUCGUGCUGAACCUGACGCUCUCGGAGAUGCGCGCCGUCGACGAGGCGCCGUACGAGGCGGCCAUCGCAGCCGGCGUCGACAUGGUCAUGGCUUCGUGGGCCGUGUAUCCCGCCCUGGAUCGCCGGCCGGCCGGCCUGAGUGCCAAGUGGAUCAAGGGCGAGCUCCGCGGCAGACUGGGCUUUGAGGGCGUCACCAUCACCGACGCCCUCGAAGCCGGCUCUCUUGCUGCGUAUGGCGACGCGGGCGCCAGGGGCACCGCUGCCGCCGCCGCCGGCAUGGACAUAUUGCUGGCGAGCGGGAAGAACGUUACGCAGGGAGAGGCUGUGAGGACGGCGCUCGUGCAGGCCCUGAAGAGUUGCAAGCUGGAUCGCGCCGAGUUUGACGCUGCCACGGGGCGCAUCGCCGCCGUCAGGAGCCGGAUUGCAGCGUAA